AUGGCGAAGGAGCCCCCCUUCUCCCUGCCCCCGGUGGUCUUCAACCCCUCCACACCGGCCCACCGCCGCCACCCUAUCCCCGGGCCCGGCGCCUCCCCGCCACCCGCCUUCGCGCCUCCCCGCCCCUCCACCUCCUCCGCCGCCAACCCCCUGCCCUUCAUGUCCUUCGACAUACCCGCUCAGUCCAACUCCACGCCGCCCAUCUUCACCGGGCCCAUCGGCGGCUCCAGCGCCUCCUUCGAAGACGAGCCGCCGCUGCUCGAGGAGCUCGGCAUCAACACGCGUCAGAUCUGGCGGAAGACGCUCUCCAUCCUCCACCCGCUCCGCUCCGCCGACCCGUCCCUCCACGCCGACGCCGAUCUCUCCGGCCCCUUCCUGUUCCUCCUAUCCUUCGGCCUCUUCCAGCUCCUGGCUGGGAAGUUCCACUUCGGGAUCGUCCUCGGGUGGGUCACCGUCGCCUCCCUCUUCCUCUACUUCGUCUUUUCCAUGCUCUCGGGCGGACGCCGUGGCGACCUUGACCUCUACAGGUGCGUCAGCCUGGUCGGAUACUGCAUGCUCCCCAUGGUCAUCUUCUCCGCCGUCUCCCUCUUCCUACCACGGGGCGGUGGACUCAUCUUCGGGAUGGGCAUGGGAUUCGUGCUGUGGUCUACCAGGGUCUGCACCAGGUUACUAGCAGAGCUUGCUUCCAGCGGCGAUGAGCAUAGGGGACUCAUUGCCUACGCGUGUUGGCUCGUCUACAUGCUCUUCUCUCUGCUCGUGAUCUUUUGA